AGGGAAUUUUCCCUAUAAAAAAAAAAUUCUGCAGAAGCCAAGACAAAAAUGUUAACAAAAUAUUCGGUCCCUUGCGUGAUCCAAAGUUUCCCAAUCUCUCACUCUCUCGCUCUCUCUAUGUGUGUGUAUUAAUUACACCAUAGUGAUAAAACUCAAGUUUCCAACGGAGAUGGACAAUCAACCAGCCUAGCACACCCCGCCCCACCCACCGGGCAAAUCCAUAUCUGACCCACCACCCCUUUUUUCUGACACACUUCCACCAGUCCAACACCACAAACUCAAUCAACCAAAAUAUAUGGAUACCCACACCACCACUACCACUUCAACCCCCGAUGAUCCGGAGAAUGCAACUUCUUACACCCUCCUACCGGACCAACCCGAUUCGGCCGGAUCUCCGGCUAGUCAACGGCGACCCACGAAGGGUCUCACCUGUAUCUUCUUCCUCUCCGCAUUGGGUUUUCUCUCUUUGAUCGUUUUGAUCCUAAACCAAAGAUCACAACUUCUCCGAGCUACAGUCAACUCCUAUGGACCUUCUCCGAUGUCCUCGCCGGAGACCUUCCAACGGCCACCGUCGAGAGGGGUAUCAUUGGGAGUGUCGGAGAAGACUUUCCGGCUGCUUUCCGUCGACGGAGAGGUGGUCGGAGAGGUGUACCCGUGGACCAAUGCUAUGUUGACGUGGCAAAGAACAACCUAUCAUUUUCAACCAGAAAAGAAUUGGAUGAAUGAUCCUAAUGGUCCAUUGUUCCACAUGGGGUGGUACCACUUUUUCUACCAGUACAAUCCGGAUUCUGCGGUUUGGGGCAACAUAACAUGGGGCCAUGCGGUAUCAAGGGACAUGAUCCACUGGCUCCACCUCCCCUUUGCUAUGACCCCAGAUAGCUGGUUCGACCGCAACGGUGUGUGGACAGGUUCUGCCACGAUCCUUCCCGAUGGUCAGAUCAGAAUGCUCUACACUGGGGUCACCGAUGAUUAUGUGCAGGUGCAAAACCUUGCCUACCCUGCCAACCUAUCUGAUCCUCUCCUCCUUAAUUGGGUGAAGUAUUCAGGUAACCCGGUGUUGGGCGCUCCACCCGGUGUUUCUCCCAAAGACUUUAGAGACCCGACAACAGCGUGGCUUGGCCCGGAUGGGAAUUGGCGGGUCAUGAUCGGGUCAAAGGUUAACAUGACGGGCAUUUCGCUAGUGUACCAAACAACCAACUUCACAAGCUACGAGCUCUUGGACGGAGUCUUGCACGCGGUUCCGGGUACGGGCAUGUGGGAAUGUGUGGACUUCUACCCGGUUUCAAUAACUGGGAAGAAUGGUUUGGACACAUCAGCUAAUGGACCGGGUACGAAGCAUGUGCUGAAGGCGAGUUUGGAUAGCGUCAUGAUUGAUUAUUAUGCGGUUGGGACAUAUGAUCCGGUUAAUGGUACUUGGACACCCGAUAACCCGGAGUUGGAUGUGGGUAUUGGGUUCCGGGUGGAUUAUGGGAAAUACUAUGCAUCGAAGACAUUCUAUGACCGAAAUAAGGAUAGGAGGAUCCUGUGGGCUUGGACUGGAGAAACUGAUAGUGAAGCUGAUGAUCUUUUGAAGGGAUGGGCCUCUAUUCAGGCCAUUCCCAGGACUGUUUUGUUUGACAAUAAGACCGGAACCAAUUUACUUCACUGGCCUGUGGAGGAAGUGGAGAGCUUGAGAUUGAACAGCACCGAAUUCAAUGAAGUUGAGGUUGAACCUGGAUCAGUUGUGCUACUGAACAUUACUUCAGCUACUCAGCUAGACAUAAGUGCCACCUUUGAAAUAGAUAAAGAGGCACUGGAGGCGACAGCUGAAGCCGACGUGAACUACAAUUGCAGCGGUGGUGCCACUGCAAGGGGUGCUUUGGGACCAUUUGGACUUCUGGUUAUUGCUGAUGAAACACUUUCUGAACUAACACCGGUUUAUUUCCACAUCGCCAAAGACACUGAUGGGAGUGCCAAGACUUGGUUCUGUGCUGAUGAAACGAGAUCAUCCAAGGCUUCCCAUGUUUACAGAAGUAUUUAUGGAAGCAUAGUCCCUGUGCUUGAUGGUGAAAAAUUCUCCAUGAGGUUAUUGGUUGAUCAUUCCAUUGUGGAGAGCUUUGCCCAAGGAGGGAGAUCAGUGAUCACAUCAAGAGUUUAUCCAACAAGUGCGAUUGAUGGGGCAGCGCGGGUAUUCCUGUUUAACAAUGCCACAGGAUUGAAGGUCACAGCUUCACUCAAGAUUUGGCAAAUGGAUUCAGCUUCCAUUCACACUUUCCCCUUAGAUCAGAUACAAUACUGAGUCCAAACUGUUGUAUAUAAUUCUUUUUUUUUUUUUUUGUUUGGUUAUACAAAAAAAAAAAAAAAAUUAAAAAAAAAAAAAAAAAAAAUCAGAAUAUCAAGAAUCUUGUGGCAACCGAACGUUAGAUAUUUUAUCCUUUCAUUUUUCUGCAGAACUGCAAUUUGAGGUCUUAGGCAUUUCCAUUGGCAAUAUCUGUUGUAAUUCAUCUGGAAAAUAAUUUUGAGAUUUUCCUAAUUUGGGUUAUUCUUAAAACAAA